AUGCGGCACUCCUCGAAAUCGCUUUGCCUCUCCUCCUCGUCACGUUCUACAAACCCAAAAUCGAAUGUCACCGUAGCCAACUGCGGGAAUCUGUUCAAGCUCUCGUCCAUUGCAUCCCAAUCGAACAGACUGCAGGAAACGUGGGAAAGAAUAUGGAUGUAUGCAGUCCAUUCGAUGGGCUUCAGGGAACUGCAGUACUGA